CGUUCACUCAGUCUCGCCUCGGACUGUCAUGGAGGGUCGGGUCUUCAGGACUCUGUUGGUCCAGUUUUAACUUCACAGGGAGCUGAAGUAAAGAAGCUGAUCAGACGAAGAGGGGCUUUACCGUGAGGACGAACAUCCACCGUGUUCACCGAGAAGAAGAGAUGUCUUCCCAAGUCAGACUGAGACUGCUGCCGAGUGCCAGGUGUUUAUUCGACGAGCCAAUUCAGGUGACGGUGGCCGGGCUCAGGUCGAGGCAGGUGGUCACCCUGAGAGCCAGGUCAACAGAUGAGAGGGGGAUGGUGUUCAGCUCCUCGGCCACCUACAGGGCUGACGGGAGCGGGGAGAUCGACCUGGAGAGAGACCCCUCACUCAGAGGGAGCUACGUCGGGGUUGAACCCAUGGGUCUGCUGUGGUCGAUGAGGGCAGACGCCUUGCACAAAAGGUUUCAGAAAACUCAUUCACUAAACCCCCAUGUGGUGAAGUUCUCUGUGCAUGAGGAGGAGGAGGAGGGGGAGGGCAGGAUGCUGGCAGAAGUGGCCAAUGAGAGGUUUCUGAUUGCAGAGGGCAUCAGCCGCUGCCCCGUCAAAGAGGGGAAUAUUCGUGGAGUUCUGUUCACUCCCCCUGGAGGAGGUCCGUUCCCUGGUGUAUUGGAUCUGUACACUUUUGGUGGAGGAUUAUCUGAGAAAAGGGCCGCUCUGCUGGCCAGCCGAGGAUUUGUGGUUCUGACUGUAGCGCUGUACGGCCAUGACGACAUGCCGAGGAACAUCAGAGAGCUUCAUCUGGAUUAUUUUGAGGAGGCAAUAGAGUUUUUAAGAAAACGAGACAAGGUGGGCAGUAAAGGAGUUGGUCUGAUAUCCCUUUCAAAAAGUGGAGAUCUUGCACUUUCAGCAGCCUCUUACCUGCCAGGUGUUGAGGCCACAGUGUGGAUCAACGGCUGCUGUGCCAACACAGCUUUACCCCUCUACUAUAAGAAAAGCCAGAUCCUUCCCCCGUUAAUGUUUGACAUAAGCAAGAUAAUUCCCACUGAGUCAGGAGCCAGCAUCGUCAAGUAUGGAGUUGAAAAUCCCCUGGUGGAGGAGAACCAGGCCACCCUGGUCCCCAUUGAACAAGCAAAGGGACAUUUCCUCUUUGUAGCUGCAGAGGACGACCUGAACUGGGACAGCAAGGCUUACAUGGACCAGAUGGUGGAGAGACUGAGGCGCCAUGGGAAGAACAACUUUGAGAGCGUGAGUUACCCUGCAGCGGGGCAUUACCUAGAGCCACCUUACGGGCCCUACUGCCCUUCCAGCUUUCAUGGGCUUGUGGGUAAACCAGUCCUGUGGGGGGGUGAGCCCAGGUCCCACGCAGCAGCUGAGGCCCACCUGUGGAAGAAGAUCCAGGAGUUCUUCAGAACUCACCUGAGCUGUGAUGCUACACAGACUAAAGCCAAGUUAUAGACUCAGAAACAGAUAAAUCCCAAUAUUUUAUGUAACUGUGGACAAUUAUAUAUAUGAUGGUUUAAUAUUUUUGUGAUUAGAUGAACAAAUGAAUUGGUAGAUGAUUCACUAUUUCACAUAUAAAAAGAUGACUUUACCUGGUGCAGGCUUAUUACAUUACAAAGAGAAACUUUUCGUUUUUAGUGCAUUAAUAAUGUGCAGUCAGCCCAUGAGCCAGUGUUAUGAUGUAAGAGGAAACUGUAAAGUACAAAUCUGAGAUGUACAUGUGACAGGUGGCAGGUGAGCUGCCAUUUAAAGACUGUUAAACUGUGAGGCAGAAUCUGGUGAAGAUGUAAAGACAUCAGUUACCUUUAAAGAAUAUCUGAACUCUG